CCAGUUACCAGGGAAACACCGUCUCCAUGAGAGGGAGCCCUGACAACGGGGGAAGGGAGUGCUCGGCGGUGAGAUGGCGGCUGCCUGUGGCUGUGGUGUUCUUCUGUCUCUCUGGCUGCUGUUGUGCCUGCUUGUGCUGGCGAGGAGCGAGGAGGACAAGAAUUUUGCAGAUAUCAGGUGUAAAUGUAUUUGUCCGCCAUACAAAGACAAUGCUGGCCACAUUUAUAGUAAAAAUAUAUCGCAGAAAGAUUGUGAUUGCCUACAUGUUGUUGUUCCCAUGCCAGUUGCUGGACAAGAUGUUGAAGCUUAUUGCUUGAGAUGUGAAUGUAAAUAUGAAGAACGAAGCACAGUUACAAUUCAGGUAACUAUCAUCAUUUAUCUGUCAAUUCUGGGCUUACUGUUGCUUUAUAUGGUUUAUCUAACAUUGGUGGAACCCUUGCUGAAGAAACGUUUAUUACGUUCACAGUUACUACAGAAUGAAGAUGAUUUUGGGGACACACAGCCAUUUGCCAAUGCCCAUGAAGUACUGUCCCGUUCUCGAUCACGUACCAACAUGUUGAACAAAGUUGAAUAUGCACAGCAGCGCUGGAAGAGACAAGUUCAAGAACAAAGGAAAUCAGUUUUUGAUCGCCAUGUUGUCCUCAGCUAAAAACACUCUUAAAGUACAUGGAGGAAUACAGGAAGCAAUGAGUCAGUGGACCUAUAGAAAUAAUCUAUCUGACAAUCUUUGUGGUCCUGACUGCUUGUUGGUUUUGUUUAAUACCUUAAUUCUUUUUAUCCUUGGUUCUUUAAGGAAAAAUAUAGUAAAAUAAUCAUGCUAAUAGUUUGAUAUUAUUUUAAUAUCAUGGUUUUGAUGUAUCUAUUUUAAUAGGUUUUUAUCCUAAAUUAUCAUACAGCUCUGGAAACAAAACCACAACAUAGCAAGUGCUGAUAAACAUUAAUAAAAUAGAGCUGUAAGUUAAUUUUUUUCCUGGAUGCUUUAAUUAUGGGGAGCUUACAGAACAAUAACAUGGGACAUUGACAGAAGACUAAGACUUGCUGCUUUUCAUAUACUCUCAGAAUUAUUGUCAACAAAACUUGCUCUUUGCACCAUUCUUCCAGCACUCCCUGUCCUCGAGGAAGUGCCUAAGUAUGUUUUGGUCCCCAACACCCCAUUGAUUUUUGUUUUUAACCAAUUUUUAAAAAUAAAAUCAUGAAUCCUAAAGAUGGCAAUUAUAAAAUAAUUAUGAUGAUAAUUUAUCAAAAUUAUCGUAGUUCCUCUUCUCUGAUCAGAAAUUGUUUGCAGCUUUUUAGCAAUAGAAUUAAAAAAAUUAAAAUGCAAAACCUCCAACUUGACAGAUGAAAAUAAUUAGGGUUCGUCAUUGUUCCAGACCUAAACGUUAUAGAAAUAGUCCAAUUUUGAAUAUUUUUUUAAAUGGUGCUAGAUUAUGAUACUUUUUCAACAGUUUUUACAUCAGUUUUUUUUUCUCCAUUCCAUGGUUGAUUGAUGGAUUUUGCAGUUCAUUAGUAGUCUUAGUGUAUUAUCCCCAAUUUUCAUUUCCUUUGCCUUCUUGUGUGAAUGCAGUAGGGGGCACUUGGAAGCAUAGUUCCAUUAGUGUGACUACUCCUGGUUAAGUUGUUCAAGUGUUGGCCAAGACAUUAGUAAACUAUUUCACUGUAGAAAAUACCAUAACCAUUUUCAAACUUGUCUACAACUAAUACCCGUGUACGUUUUCUUGUGGAGCUCACUGGAUGCUGAUAAUAAGCAGACUUUUUUGCCAAGUGAAAUGUCUAACUAAUGGGCAUGAAAUCUGAUGUUGUGCACCUCCCCUUACCCUUACAGCUAAUUCAACAUGAUCAAGAGAUUGAAUGAGAUCAUUCUGGUCUGUAUGAUUAAGUAAAGUGACAUGCAGUAUAUUUGCCCAAGAGGAAUUCUGACCUUAAUAUAUAAUUAAAUGCUAACACAUAAGAGGUUAGUGUUUUUAUUCCUUCAUUAUAGCAUUUUAAAAACCGCUGUGUACACCUCUGAAAUACAUUUUGGUCUUCACAGCUGGUGGCUAGGCUUGUAGGUUUCUGUCCAUACUGUUUUGAAAGCAACUAAAGUUAUUUUGCCAUUUCCUUUUUCUAUAUAAAGGAGCAUUACACCGAACCACACCAUUUCUCAUUCAUGAGCAAUAGCACAACUGAAAUUAACUUGCCAAAUGAAGAGAAAUAAGAAAAAUGGCCUGAUAAUCCAUAUAACAUGUUAGUCAUAGUGUGCUGCAUCAACACUUCAUCAGUUUCAUUUUACCUGUUCAGGGAAUGCCAUACAAUGUUGAGAGAAAAUAUCUGAUAAAAAGCAUAUGUUAUUUUAAGCUGGUAAACAAACUUCCAUAUUGUAUUCUGUGAGAUACUAAAUUGCUAACAUAUUUAACUUGGGAUCAAAUUGGACCAUGCUACAAGAAGAUUUACAAGAAAUGCUACAUAGUGAUAAGCCAAUGGCUAUUGUAAACAUUUAAAUAGUAUAUUCUGCACAGAUAAUGUCUAAAAUAUGGAAUUGUAUUGAACGUUUUGUUUUUACAUUUGCAUUCAGUAUUUAAAUCAGACUAAAUAAUACUAGUCCCAUAAUUUAGGCUGUAUCUCUCCAUCCUGAUGAUACUAAUGUAUGUAUUUUGGGACCUUUUUUGUAAGCUUUAAUUAAUAUAUUAAAAUAACUCUUGAGUUUUAAAA